AGGGUUUCUAGUUUUCUUUGACGUUAGAUCGAUCCGAUCGACGAAGAACAAACAGACGAAAGAUGGCCUACUCAAAACUCUUAAUAGUUCUGUUGUUGAGUCUCAUCGUCGGCAUGACCGUUGCGAAACCUGGAUAUCUCGGCUACAGAUUCGGCGGAUUUGGAUAUCCGUAUGGUUAUGGUUACGGCUACAGAUAUCCGUUCUACGGAUAUGGCCAUGGUUAUGGAUAUUAUGGAGGUUACCCAUAUUACGGCUUCGGUCAUGGUUUCGGAAAUUAUGGAUAUUAUUUGUGAUCGUCUUUCCAAUAACAAAUUUAUUUCACAAGGAAAAUAUCAAUAAGAAAGUAAU